AUGCAUCUCAGGUGCGCCUCGUACAGACCGAGCAGCUCGGUUAACACAGACGAGUCUGGCAGCAAGACUCACCUCAGUGAACCUGGUGAAGACGAGUCUGGCAGCAAGACUCACCGCAGCGAACCUGGUGAAGACGAGUCUGGCAGCAAGACUCACCUCAGUGAACCUGGUGAAGACGAGUCUGGCAGCAAGACUCACCUCAGUGAACCUGGUGAAGACGAGUCUGGCAGCAAGACUCACCUCAGUGAACCUGGUGAAGACGAGUCUGGCAGCAAGACUCACCUCAGUGAACCUGGUGAAGACGAGUCUGGCAGCAAGACUCACCUCAGUGAACCUGGUGAAGACGAGUCUGGCAGCAAGACUCACCUCAGUGAACCUGGUGAAGACGAGUCUGGCAGCAAGACUCACCUCAGUGAACCUGGUGAAGACGAGUCUGGCAGCAAGACUCACCUCAGUGAACCUGGUGAAGACGAGUCUGGCAGCAAGACUCACCUCAGUGAACCUGGUGAAGACGAGUCUGGCAGCAAGACUCACCUCAGUGAACCUGGUGAAGACGAGUCUGGCAGCAAGACUCACCUCAGUGAACCUGGUGAAGACGAGUCUGGCAGCAAGACUCACCUCAGUGAACCUGGUGAAGACGAGUCUGGCAGCAAGACUCACCUCAGUGAACCUGGUGAAGACGAGUCUGGCAGCAAGACUCACCUCAGUGAACCUGGNGCCAGCGAAAGUUAA